AUGACGGGGGAGGCCUCUCCGUACCCGCCAGUGCCCUCUUCUGCUGCGCACUUGGCGGAGCAAGUUGAGAGUGGAGGAGCUCGACUUGAAGAAACUCUUUUGAGACUUAAUUGCAAAUCUUCGACUCUCUUUUUUGCUGCUGCUCUUUCCGUCUUCACCGGAGGCCUUCUUGCUGCGCUCUGCAGCCUCGCGGGCUUCGACCUCCCCUCCCUCGUCGUCUCCAUCUUCCUCGUACUGUUUGGCUUUUUCCUGAUGCUGAUAGACGUGCCGGGCAGCCCCCGCUGGGCGGGGAGACACAGGACUUUAAUUCGUCGGCACUUUCGUUUUUUAACUCGACUGACAUUUAAAAGUCUCUUUUUGAUAUUUCUGGGUUGUUUGCUGUCUUGCUGCUUGUCUGCUGCGGGGCUGCCGUCGGCGCUGCGCAGCAGCAGCAGCAGCAGCAGCGGGCUGCGCGCAGCAGCAGCUGCAGCGAAGGGGCGGUGGGCAGCAGCAGGCGCAGCAGGCGCAGCAGCAGCAGCAGCAGCAGCAGCAGAGCCCUUUCGCCACUACGCCCUCACCGACCCCGCCCACGGCCUGCAGCUCGAGGAGUUCAACAGAAUGGCAGCAGACGCAACAGCAGGUCAAAUCCAGUUCGACAUCAUCGACCUCGGCAUUGUCUUCAACGCCCUCGACGAGCACCAAAAGAGUGCCAUCAACGAGCGCGAGUUCACGGAGUGGAUGGCGGGUCCGCGAGGGUUUGGGGAGGGUUGGGCGUUUACGGGGGGUUUUGGGGGGUUGGGGGAGGUUUUGAGGGUUUGGGGAGGGUUUGGGGGUUUAGAGGAGGUUUUGAGGCUUUGCGGGAGCUUUUGA